UUAACGUUUUCUAUCAGCAACAGGUAACUUCCAGCACAACAAACAUGUCAUCAUACCACCUCUCUGAGCUAGACUCCACCACCGACUCCGUCGCGUCCUCUCCACGCUCGGAACACCUUUGUCCUCAAGAUGCCAAUACACGUGUACGGUUCAUGUGCAGCUUCGGCGGCAAAAUUCUCCCUCGUCCGCACGAUAAUCAACUCUGUUAUGUCGGCGGUGAUACGCGCAUCGUCGCUGUCCAUCGCUCCACUCCUUUAUCAGCGUUACUCACCAAGCUCUCCAAACUCUCAGGCAAUGGCAACUUGAGUGUUAAGUAUCAGCUCCCGAAUGAGGAUCUUGACGCGUUGAUUUCACUUUUGCAUGAGGACGUCUCAGUUCCGUACACGGGUUCUCUUGCCCCCGGUGUUUCCGUUUCCACUUCCUUUCGUUCGACGUCAGGAGCUCCUACUGUACUACCUUCUAUGCCCGAUCUGCGACCCGUUAAGACUAAACCGGAUAACACCGAACAGGUUUUGGAGUCAAAACAUAGUCAAACGGAGAGUUUUAUGGAGCAACCCGUUUCGCAGCCAGUCGCAUAUUCAGGCAGUCCUAUGUGGCAUUAUAUUCCGGAUUCUCAUUAUUCUGCUCCUCCCGUACAACAAAUACCCGCUUUUUAUGUUCCGGGCGCUGCUCAGCCCGGAAUUCCUCCAUUUCAACCGGUUCAAAUCCAUGCACAAUACGUCCAGCAGUAUCCAGUUUUCGCGGGUCAAAUACCAGUUGGGUACCAUCAGCCGGCUCCUGGUGUGGGUCAAGUAUACAGGCCAGUUACAUCUGUGGAUCGUUAUGACCCGGCGUUAAGAGUGGCUCCUGAUGGUGCGACUCAACCAGUAUAUUAUGGAGUUAGAAAUUCUGGUCCGGUUCCAGUUUACCCAGGAAUGGCUUCCCAUGGUGGGGAAGAAUUGGCUAGAAGUGGAUCGGAUAUGACACCGGGUCGGAUUUCCCAAUCAGGACAGUAAGAGUAUUGGUCAUAUGGCAAUAAUGGCAUGGUAGUUUUUGUGCCUAUUUACUAAGCUGCUUUUAAUGAAUUGAUAGAUGUUAGAAGAGUGAUAAUGUCAUUCCUCCUUCGCUAGAUAUUGAACUUCGGAAAAUGAAAAAAAAAAACAUAUUUGAUAUUA